AGACGGAAACUCCUCUCUCUCUCCUCAUAGCAUUGUCGAAACACAAACAUCAACUUUCAUAGAGAGCAGCAUUCAAAAUCCAGACAUAAUUUGCGUUGCCACCAUCAUUGCAUCAUAACCUUAAACAAGGAUUCUUGAUUUGUUUUAGGACAUUUUUGUGAAGAAUGGAGUCUGAAAACGGGGUUCCACAUGAAGAUGAGAAGAAAGUGAUUGUAGAGAAACCUAAUGGGGAAGGAUCAACUGAUCUGGAUGUGAACAAGGAGAAUAUCAGAAACAGUGAUGAGCCAUUUUCUGGUGGGAAUAAAGAUGAGAUAAAAGACAAACAGGGCCAUAACUCACCCGGGCCAGAACUAGAACUUGAGUUGUCCGCAACUGUACAUAACAACAAAACAUCAAAUCCUGGUAAAGAUUCCAGCAGUAAUGGUCCGAAGAGCAACAAAUUGGCCAAGAAUCAGUCCAAUUCAAAAAUAUCAGUCGUGUUUGGCCGCAGCACGAAACCGAGCUUAACGCAGAGUCUGUCUUUCCCGGCAAAAGGCCGCCAUUCGGAUGUCAUGAAACGAAGCAUUGAGGUGUAUCCCACCAGGUCCGAUUUAAGACAGUCUCAGAAGAAUGGGAAUCUUAGUUCCAGUCCAAGAACAAAUCCGGCCGGCAAGGGACCGUAUCCUGGAGUGAGUUCUAAAGGUGUGGGAAGUGCAGGAAAGGCAGCAGCCAGCAGAAGCGUAACUUCAUCAUCUUUGUCGGGGAAAAAUACGUCUGCCAAUGAAGCAGUGACCAAAUCUGCACCUGAUACAUUGAUCGAGCAAAGUUCUGAGACUGCAUCGGCCGCCAAGGAGGACGACACCCAUUCCACUACAUCAUCAAAUCUUACUCCCCGGGCACAGCAGCGAAAGAUGAAUGUUUUAGGAUUUUCUUCCAGAUUGCAAGAACGUGCUGAAAAGCGAAAAGAGUUCUUUUCAAAGAUAGAAGAGAAAGUGCACGCCAAAGAAGUGGAAAAGAAUAACCUGCAAGCAAAAUCGAAGGAAAAUCAAGAGGCAGAAAUAAAGCAGCUGAGGAAGAGCUUGACAUUCAAAGCUACACCUAUGCCGACUUUCUACAAAGAACCUCCUCCGAAGGUUGAACUUAAGAAGAUACCAACGACACGUCCAAUAUCGCCCAAGCUUGGAAGGAACAAAGGCACGACCGUUGAAAACAGUGGAUCAUGUGUUAGUCCACGAGUAUCCAAGGACAACUGCAAAUCACCGAGAUCUCCCCAUGCAAACAGCGAUAAGGUCAAUGCCGCUUUAAAGAAAUCCAUCAAAAGCUCCUUGUCCAAGUCUCAUACUCGGGACUCUACGACUGCUAGAAAAGCAAAAACUGCAGAAACAGAGGGCCAAGACAAGAAAGCUCCUACACAGAGCUCGGAAGAAAUCCAGGACCGGCCUCACUGCUCCCAGGAACUCGAGGACGACCCUGAAAAGAAGUCUUCUUGCAGUAAUGGAUCAAAUCUUGCUUCAUCUGAUCACGAAGUUGUGCCUGCUGAAGUCACUGUCGAAGGCUGAAGGACGCUAGUCAUGGUUAAUUAAUUAGUUGAUGUUUCUCAUGAAAAACUCAAACCAUGAAAUUCUGUUUUGUUGUGAAUACUGUUGUUGUAUGUCAGAGUUUGAUUAUAUAUAUGUGGUCUACAGUCAUUACACACUCGUAUGUAUUCUUUUAGUAGUUCAUGAAAGUAUUCAUUUUCAUGUAUAUGCAUAAUUCACAUUGGUGGGCUGGUUCGGUAAUGCUUUUCCACCUGCUCAUGUUUGUAGUUCUUUA